GGGACAAGAAAUGCAGUCUUUACAAGUAAAUGUAGGGUGCUGAUGGUAAUUCCACACUUCACUACAAAAACGGAAGACGAGCGACUGUACACUGUUUGCUGUCUUCAGAGAAAGGAGACGAGACCAAGCAGCUAGCAAAUUGGAAAAGCAGAAAAUUGAAAAACCCAGAGUUUUUUUCUUGACCUAAAGAAAAGGAGAAGACUGCAAAAACCUUCCAAAAUUUAUUUUCAUUCAAACAAACAAUGGCAACAAGUGAAGAAAGUGAUUUACUCCGAAUAACACCACUUGGAGCUGGACAAGAAGUUGGAAGAUCAUGCAUUUUUUUAGAGUUCAAGGGAAAGAAAGUUUUGCUGGAUUUAGGAAUUCACCCAGGUUAUACUGGUUUGGAUUCUUUACCAUUCAUAGAUGAGAUUGAUCCUGAAGAAGUGGAUUUGUUGUUAAUUAGUCACUUUCAUUUGGAUCAUUGCGGUGGUCUGCCAUGGUUUUUGGAAAAAACACAUUUCAAAGGACGUGUGUUUAUGACCCAUCCUACAAAAGCUAUUUACAGGUGGCUUCUUGCCGAUUACAUCAAGGUCAGCAAUUUGUCUGCUGAUCAGAUGUUGUACACGGAAAAAGACCUUGAAAAAAGCAUGGAAAAAAUCGAAACAAUGCAUUUUCAUCAAGAAAAAGAAGUGAGCGGUAUAAAGUUUUGGGCGUACAACGCUGGUCAUGUACUUGGUGCUGCAAUGUUUAUGAUUGAAAUUGCAGGCGUCAACAUUCUUUACACUGGCGACUUUUCGCGACAAGAGGAUCGUCAUUUGAUGUCAGCAGAGAUACCCUCGAUUAGUCCUGACGUCUUGAUAAUGGAGUCAACAUAUGGGACUCACGUUCACGAAAAAAGAGAUAACCGCGAGAAACGUUUCACAAACACGGUACACAAUAUCAUCAGCCGUGGAGGACGUUGUUUAGUUCCUGUCUUUGCACUGGGAAGAGCUCAAGAGUUGCUGCUGAUUUUGGAUGAGUAUUGGAAUCAACAUCCUGAAUUGCAAGAUGUACCUGUCUACUAUGCUUCGUCGCUAGCGAAGAAGUGUAUGGCAGUAUACCAGACUUAUAUCGGCGCAAUGAACGAACGUAUUCGUCGACAGAUAUCCAUCUCAAAUCCUUUUGUAUUCAAACAUAUAUCAAAUCUGAAAGGAAUCGAUUCGUUUGAUGAUAUAGGACCUUCUGUAGUUCUGGCAAGCCCAGGUAUGAUGCAAAGUGGGCUGUCAAGAGAACUGUUUGAAACUUGGUGCACCGACCCCCGUAACGGUGUUAUUAUUGCUGGUUAUUGUGUGGAGGGUACACUGGCAAAAGAUCUCAUGUCAGAACCUGAAGAAGUUGUCGCAAUGAAUGGUCAACGAAUGAAGCGCAAUAUGUCUGUAGAUUACAUCUCAUUUUCCGCUCAUGUUGACUAUGAACAGGUGAGUGAAUUCGUCAACAUCUUGCGUCCUCCACACAUCGUGCUGAACCAUGGUGAAGCGAACGAGAUGGCUCGUUUGAAAGCAGCUAUUACAAGAGAUUUCGAAGACAAAGGUAUUAGUAAUAUACAAGUUUAUAACCCUAAAAACUGCCAAAGCGUUGAACUGCAUUUUCGUGGUGAAAAAAUGGCGAAGGUGAUAGGAAGUUUGGCGUCCGGCAAACCGGAACAUGGGAAACCCGUAUCGGGUAUUUUAUUAAAACGUGGUUUCAACUAUCACGUCAUGGCGCCUAGUGAUUUAAAAAAUUACACCGACCUUUCGACCAGUUCUAUCACGCAGCGGCAAAUUAUCGGCUACCGUGCUUCAUUUAAUGUACUGUAUGCUAACUUACGCCAACUCUGCGGUAAAGUGGAGCAGUUUAUUCAUUUCGGUAAGCCAGCUUUACGCUUGUUCAAUAAUAACAUCACUGUUUAUCAAGAACGCCACUCUGUCAUUGUUGAGUGGCAGUCGAAUCCGUUAAAUGAUAUGUACGCCGACGCGACGUUAAUUGUCGUGCUCGAAGUCGAAGGCCAUCCGUCGAAAGCAGCUAUCACGAAACCAGCGCAAGUCACUGGCAACUUCCAACAUCAUCUGAUGAAACUGUUGAAUAAUAAAUAUGGCGAGAAGAAUGUAAUUGAGAGCGAACAAGGUGAUAUAGUUACUGUUGAUGUGGACGGAGUGUUAGCUAUUAUAGAUCUUGAGACGCUUGCUGUUGAUUGCACGGAUGAGACUUUAAAACAUUUGGUAACAGCGUUAGUAAACAACCUUAACCAGGCUGUUACACCGCUAACUACUUGACUUUCACGUUACCGAAAUGAACUAUGUGUGCCAGGUUGAAGUCGAUUGAAACUUUAUCGUCAUGACAGAUUACAAGAUGUCAUUUUUAUGUUUUCUUUAGUGUAGAAUUUACUUGACAAGACAUCAUGUUCGUUCUGCUUAA